UUUUUAAAAUAUGUUGUUGUGUUCAACGUCAUUUGCAUGCUUGAAAAUCUGUGCGAAGUGAAAACUCAAAACAUUUUGAUCAGGUUUAGGUUAAUCGUCAAGUUCUGAGGAUGUAGGAAAAGGCUAUGCAGAAUAUAGAACCACAUCUGUUUCCAGAAAAGUGAUUGUAAUUUGAUCAAUCAGCCAUGGCGGACCGAGGUGAUGAAGAAGAGGAAAAGGAGAGACAAAAACUGCGAGAUGCAGCAAGGAAAGUUCUCCAAAAACAAAUCAAUACCGAAGAGAGAGAAGAUCAAGCAGUAGAUCUAAAUGAUGUGCAGGCGAGAUUUCCAGAUAGCGGAGUGCCUCUUGACAAUAUCAAUUCAGGACAAAAUGAUGAUCUACCAACCUAUGAAGAGGCUAUGAUAAUAAUUGACACCCACAAUGAUUACAGGGAACAGCCACCAGGGAAUGGAAGACAAGAUGACGGUGAUAUUGGAAAUUCCUCGUUAGAAAGUUUGGAUGAAGAAGAAAGGCUUCCAUCUCCUUCAACAACUGACCAGAACAGACGAAAUACUCUGGGUGAACGACGAGAUUUGUAUGUGGUUCCUGAUUCAGGAAACAAUGCUGACACAGACCCACCAGGAGCUACAGUUGUGGAUAGUCACGUGAUGUGGCGUCAGUCCUUAGGACAAUCUGUCUGUGCAGAGGAGGGGCGAAGUGCAGAAAGAGAGGAAGAGUCGAGAUCUCGCCUGCAGAGGUUUAUACACCGCCGUAUGGAGAAUGUUUCAUUUAACCAGCUGUGCUGUGCUUUCUUUCUGGUGACUGGGGUUCUCGCAGUCAUCGUCUUUUUAGGGGUCUUCCCAGCCAGUUUUGUAUAUCUAGAUUACCAUAAGAUGGCCUUGAAAUAUAACAAAGUGACAGGGGUGGUUGACAGAUCCACCACGUACGAGUUUGGCUGUUACAUCUUGGGGCCCAGUGUUGGUUUCCUAGAAUUUGAUGCAGUUGCUCACACCGUGUCCAAAACUCACGGGAUCUUUACUCUGGAUAAGCUGCCUAUUGAAAUAUCAUAUCAUGUGCAAUACUUUAUAAAAAAGAAAGAAUUGGGACUUCUACACAGAGAGUUUGGGUCGAACUAUGAUGAAGUGAUUAGGAGUGUGAUAGAGAGUGAAAUCAAGAACCUUGCUGUCCCAUUCUCUGUGGAUCAGUACCGAUUACAGCGCUCCAUGCUGGAAAAAUAUUUUCAUGAAAAACUGAAAGGCAGACUUGGAGGAGAUUGUUGUGCCGAUUGUUGUCCCAGCAGCUGCAACAAUGCCACAAUUUGUGCAUUCUGUCCUCCAUCGAGUUCCUGUAAUAGGGCCUUCCAUGUGAAUGUGGAGUUUUUCCACUUGGGUAGGGUGGAUAUCCCUGAAGUGGUAACAGAGAGGUACCUCACUAGGACUUUGCUCAAGGAAAAUGUUGAUAGAGAAGUUUUCAUUCAGGAGAAAAUGGUACAGACUACAAAAACAUUACAACAAACAAAGAAAAUACGCAACACAGCAAAUGAAAUCCAGCAAGCAGCAGAUGCAGAGUCACAAAAGAUUGGAGUCACUGCCUCGGUCAACCGUGAUGCCAACUUGACUUAUGCAUACAUUUCAGCUCUUUCCAGCAUGUUUACAAAAUUGAACAUUUCUCAGGAGGACCACAAGCUCUCUGUCAUGAUGAUACGGGCGCUGGAAGAUGUGGCUGUAAAGGGGAAUCUCUACAGAACGUAUGGUUAUAAUAAUGGAACAUUGAGUCUUUACACCAAGAAUGGGAUGUCAGUUGGCUAAGAUUCUCAUGAAAUCCACAUACAUGUACCUGUAUUUUUUACAAUGAAUUUGAACAUUGCUCAGACAACCGGCAUUGUUUAUUAAUAGUGCAAUUGUUGUACAUUUGAGAUUGAAGAUAGUUGUACCUAGAUGAACUUUGACAAGCUGUUUUUAUUUUUGAAUUAUAUAUACAUAUUCUAAGAUCCUGAUCAGUGUUGAUAUGGUACAAUAUGUACUGUGUUUGAUAUAAUCAUUGCAUACUUUUUUUUUAUUAUUAUUUACUGCAAGGUUGCUUGUACAUGCAAACUUUUUUAUUUUUUCAUCUGGUUAAAAGUUCUUCACCUCCAGUCCGAUUAAAGCAGACCCUAUGAUCCGUUCACGUAGAUCGCUAUAUUUUAAUCAGAUUGAUUCAAUCAUUUGAUUUGUCUGUCAGGUCUAAGUUUCUAUACAUCAUAUCAACUUUAGAAUCUUAGUAGGUAUGGGCAAAAAAACCCCUUAUAUCAAUUUUUAAAAAUGUAUCAAUACUUAAUUUCUUAAAUAAAAACCUGAGAAGGAUAAAAAAAAAAAAUUAGAUUUGCAACUGCAACAUUAUCAGACAACACUAAUAUUUCUCACAACCAAUGCACAUACUAUAUACUGUCUCCAACAAAUGCAACCAUUUCCUCUGCUUUAUAUGUUAAAUAUUUUAAAGGCAUUCAUAGUACUCUGUUUUCUACUUCAUUUCUGUUCAACUUAAGGAGAUAUAGUACACCAAAGAAAUUUGAUAUGGAUGAAAAGUGGAGGGUAUGUACAACAAUAUUUUGAAAUUGAAGACUUUCAAAUUUACUUUAGUUAAAAAACGCAGUUUUAGUAGAAAGCAAUCUGGGGGAAAAAAUUAAAACUCCUGCUGGACUCAAGCCCUCGAUCUACAGUUCAGCAGUCGACCUACUAACCUACUGAGCUAGGUGAUGAAUUUAGACCAAGAUUGGGAUGACAUAUAGUAUUCAAAUUUGAUUAAAAUGUAAUCAAAAUAUAUGCAAAUGAAAUGGUUGCAUGUUUUCUGAAAUGUCUUGUAUAUAGGUUCUAAAUAAGGAGCACAAUAUGAAUUUGGAAAGUAGAAGUAGAUGAUGCAGUGUGACACAAAAAUCAGUCAUUUAGUCUAUACAUAAGAAAUAAUGGUAAUGCAUGAUAAAUUAUAGACUUGAUAUUUUUUUUUUUGAUAAUCUAAGAAUUUGGAUCAGCAUUGUAUACAAUGAAUAUGUAAAGUAGAAUGUGACUAUUAUUUAAGACUUAUUCAGUGGUUAACUAUAUCUAAUAUGCUUUAUAUAAAACAUGUUUACUUGUCUUGUUUAUGAGAUAAUUUAUGUUUAUAAUUUGUAUGGAUUUUUAUGGUUCCUGAAGCUUUAUAUGUAUAAGCCAUAAAGAUUGUCCUCCUAUAAAAUAAGUUGAAUUAAAAUUUUAUGAAGAUGUA